CCACAAGAUGAUUGGCCUGAUCGUGCUUACACUCCUGGGUGCUGCAGCGGCAGCCCCUACGGAUGACAGGAUUGUGGGUGGCUACCAAUGUGAAGCUCACUCUCAACCCUGGCAGGUGUCCCUGAACCUCGGCUACCACUACUGUGGCGGCUCCCUUAUCAACGACAAGUGGAUCAUCUCUGCUGCCCACUGCUGGCAAAACCCCUAUUCACAGAUUGCCAUCCUGGGUGAAAACCACAUCUGGAAGCAUGAGGGCUCUGAGCAGUACAUGUCUGUGGAUGCCAUCUACUGGCAUCAGAGUUACGACUACCAGACCCUGGACUUCGACAUCAUGCUGAUGAGGCUGGUACACCCUGCCACUCUGAACCAGUAUGUCAAGCCUGUGGCCCUGCCCAAAGCCUGCGCCCAACCUGGAGACAUGUGUACCGUGUCUGGAUGGGGGAACAUCUACUCUGAUUCAGUGUUCAACCCAUUUUACCUCCAGUGUGUGGAAGUCCCCAUUCUGUCCGACAAGGAGUGUGAUGGCUCCUACCCUGGCCAGAUCACUGAUCAGAUGGUGUGCGCUGGAUACCUGGAGGGAGGCAAGGAUUCUUGUCAGGGUGACUCUGGUGGUCCUCUGGUUUGUAACGGGGAGCUGCAAGGUGUUGUCUCUUGGGGCAAUGGUUGUGCUCAGCCUAACUACCCAGGCGUUUAUACCAAAGUGUGCUCUCUGCUGCCCUGGAUCAACGAAAUUCUCUCCACAUACAGCUAGGCUAUGAUCUCCCAUCACACAACAGCAUGACAGAGUGGAAACCAGAGAGAGAUUUAAACUGAAGGAGACAGCAACAGGAUGUCGUGGUGGGUUGUGUCAGAAAGAA